GGCGAGAUCGGGCCCGGGCUGCAGGAAACUGAGGAGACGGUGCGCUUCAUGGAGAGGAUGGGCGCCCAGCACUUCACCCAGCGCCAGGAGAACGACCUGUACGCGCUGGUCAAGGUCAAAGACGGCGCGGUGCUCGCCGAGACGUUCGUCAGGAACCCGCUGCCGGGACCGGGUCAGCCGCCCAAGCCGGGCAGUCCUCUGCUGGUCAGCGUCACGGCACCGGUGCCGCCCAUCAAAGACGUCUUGUGCCCGUGGCAGAAAACGCCCAAGAACCUGAAGCUGGCCAAGUUCUGCUUCAAGUACGACGGCUAUGGUGACCUGUGCGACUGCAAGAGUGAGAGCUCCCUGCCGAUCGGUCACGAACAGCUGGAGCACAACAACCUCACGGACGUUCCCAUCGCAGUUGUGGCUAGCAAUCGCCCUCAGGCGCUCUUCAGAAUGAUGAAGUCGUUGCUAAAAAACCGUGGAGUGAUUGCCUCCAACAUUAUUGUGUUUGUGGAUGGAGAGCACAAGGAGGUCGACGACCUCUGCCAGCUCCUGGACAUCAAAUGUGUCUCUCAGGUCAACGAUUGGGAGGACGUGACCAUGCGCAUUCGAGAGCAUUACCACCAGGUGCUGACGAACGUAUGGCACCACUUCCCGGACGCCACUCGCGUCAUCGUGCUCGAGGAGGACCUGGAGGUCUCGCCCGAUUUUGUCAGCUUCUUCAGCCAGACGUCCUACCUACUUGACGUUGACCCCUCGCUGUGGUGUAUCUCGGCGUGGAACGACCACGGCUUUGACAUCACCAGCAGCGACCCAGCGCUUCUGUACCGGAUCGAGUACAUGCCAGGUCUCGGAUGGAUGAUGAAGCGCAGCGUCAUCCAAGAGCUCCUGGACAAGUGGCCGGAAAAGGGAGAGGCAUACGACUGGGACGUGUGGGUGCGCUGGGACCGAAACCGGCUGGAGCGCGAGUGCGUCAUCCCAGACGUCUCGCGUACCUACCACUUCGGCAUCGCCGGCCGACACUCCAGCAGCGCCUUCCACUCCAUGUACUACGUGGACCACGCCUUCAAUCGCAAGCCGGAUGUCGAGCUCCGCGGCGUCCAGGACAUGGUCAAGGACCGGUACGAGCAGGAAAUCCGGCGGCUGCUGUCGGAGGCGUUGCCAAUCAACCCGGACGACUUCCAGCUGUCUAAGGUAGAGCCGAAGGACGGCGGCGAUUGCGAACUGGAGCUGACCAGCACCGGCAAGACGUACGCCUUCUUCUUCAGCAUGACGGCGUGGGAGGACACCGAAAUGUACUCAACCGUGUGCAAGUGCUUCAAGAUCUGGGACCUGGACGUGCGCGGACACCAUCAUGGCCUGUGGCGCUUCACGUACUACGACAACAACGUCCUGCUGUUCGGGGUGCCGAUCACCAUGUACAUGAACGAUGUCGUGAAGCACUUCUCUCACCCAGUGCAAGUUGUCUCAAGUUUGAAACAUGCAGAGUGAAACUGUUGUCUGGCUACAACAGUGCCGUCUUAUGGAGCCAUGUUUAGACGCCGGUAUUUUUGAGCUCACGGCAACUAUUCAAGUCUACUGGCUUUGAAUUAGCUGGAAGUUGAGCGCACACGAAAUUUGUCGAUUCAAAGCAGGUAUUCCGUUAUUUGCUGUUAUUGCGGCAAUUGUCUCAUGUCAUCCACACUUAUCUCCGAUGAUUUUUGUUAGCGUCUUGGGUGUCUUUGCAAACACCACAUUUGUGUUCCUGUCAAUCGUGUCCUGUAGUGCACCUGGGUCGCGUUUACCAUCUGACGAUGAGCACGAGACUGGUUCUAAACCGUAUGUGAAAAUAAACAUAACCAUUUUUCGCAUCA